UCUUUCAAAACAUCUGUAGAAUUGCACAGCGAGACCAAAAGACGAAUUAGCCUUUGAUUGGCAGUUUCGGAAAGUCGGAUUCCUGUACGUUCCCUCGGGAAAAUGGCAUCGCUAAUCCUCGUGAGUGGGGUGCAGUUGGCAAAACAACAAGCCGGCCUGCUGGGAGUCGUCUGCAUCAGGGCGAACUACAGUACCGAUGCACCGCGUAAGCUAAAGACGACCAAUGUGGCCGCAAUGAAGCGCGGAACCGGUGGCCGGUCCAGCUUCAACGGCAUUGUGGCCACUGUGUUCGGUAGCACCGGCUUCCUGGGUCGCUACGUGUGCAAUAAGUUGGGGAAAAUCGGUUCGCAAGUGAUCAUCCCGUACCGAGCUGACCACUAUGAAGCACUGCGUCUAAAGCUGGUCGGCGAUCUGGGUCAGGUGCUGUUCCAUCCUUACGAUCUGCGUGACGAAGAUGCGAUUCGCAAGGCGGUCAAGUACUCGAACGUUGUCAUCAAUCUGGUUGGGCGCGACUGGGAGACGAGAAACUUUUCCUUCAAAGAUGUACACGUCGACGGAGCUCGCCGGCUGGCACGUAUCGCUCGCGAAGCUGGCGUUGAAAAGUUCGUCCACGUCUCGAGUCUAAACGGAACGCCUACUCCGCAACCGUUCUUCACUAAGGACGGUAGCAAGUUUCUGCAGAGCAAGUACUACGGUGAGCUGGCGGUUCGGGAAGAAUUUCCGGACGCGAUCGUGUUCCGGCCGGCCGACAUCUAUGGCCAGGAAGACCGUUUUCUACGUUACUAUGCGCACAUCUGGCGCAGACAAUUCAGGGCCAUGCCGCUGUGGUAUAAGGGCGAGCGUACCAUCAAGCAGCCGGUGUUUUGUUCCGAUUUGGCUCAGGGAAUCGUGAAUGCAAUCAAGGAUCCGGACAGCCAAGGACAAACGUAUCAGGCCGUUGGGCCGAGGCGGUACAAACUGUCGGUGCUCCUCGAUUGGUUCCACCAGGUUAUGCGAAAGGACGCCAAGUGGGGCUACUUCCGGUACGAUCUUCGUUACGAUCCGACGUUCCGUAUGAAGGCACUGUUCACGGAGUUCGUAUGUCCGUCGUUCCCGGUUGGUGACGUGCACACGCAGCGAAUUGAGCGUGAGUAUGUUACGGACGUGGUAGAGAAGGGUGUACCGACGCUGGAAGAUUUGGGUGUUAAUCUAACGUACAUGGAGGACCAGGUUCCAUGGGAGCUGAGACCGUACCGUGCUGCUCAGUACUACGAUGCCGAAUUGGAUGAGUUCGAAAAGCCAACACCGCCACAGUACAUUCAGUGAUUGCGCCAACGUCUCUUAUCGUCUGUAACUGGAGGCGAAGCGACACGUAUGUUAGCGUGAAACGAGUGGGCCUCUGAACAGGCUAUAAACAUGUGAACAACAAGCGUAUGUAAAAAAUUAUUGCCGUAACUUACAAAAUAAACACGAAAACAAAACACGUGAUCUCUUUACAUGAAAUAUUUGGAACUCAGAAGAAUCGGCGGACGAAUGGAAAACAAUUGUGUAGCAGUUGGAAUUGGCUCAUUUAUUGGCUGGAGAUCAUCGUUUCAUGAUAAACUUGCAAAAGAAACCCCAUAGGGACUACACACGACAUCCAAGUAGAGUGGAGGACAAAGAGAGAAUAGUUGUAGCUGAAUGAGGGAUUAAUAUGCUUAUUAGUUAAGGGGCAACUAAGAAAAGAGACACCACGAAGUGAACUCAAUCUGUAAACAUGUAACACAUACGGGAUUUCGGGUUCUGCGACCGCUGUGUUACGGAGAACGAAACAAAUCGCAUAGACUGCUAUGGAAGGAGAUUGUGUUAAC